AUGUCUGCUCCAGAAAAGAGUCAAGACGCCAUACCAGUGAUCGACAUCUCCAAGCCAUCGGAGGAAAUCGCUCAGCAGGUGCUCGACGCAGCUUCUACACAUGGCUUUCUCUACAUCAAGAAUGAUGGCGUGACCAUCCCACCCCAAGACAUCGACGACAUGUUCAAGUUGUCGAAAGGGUUUUUUGCCGCCCCCAAAGAGCAGAAGUCUGAAUACGCAAUCCACUCCGAUAAGGCAGGUGGCAUAAACCGCGGCUGGGUUCAAAUGCAAGGCGAAUCACUAGACCCAGAAGGCCAAAAGCAAGGCGAUCCAAAAGAGGCUUUCAACAUCGGACCCCCGAACCCAACCCUCCAACCCCUACCAUCACCUCUCCAAGAAUCCUCCAGAUUGAUAUCCCGUUUCCAAUCAUCGUGCCACACUCUCUGCAUGAACAUCCUCUCCCUACUCAACAUCGCCCUCCAAAUUCCCGACUCGGACUACUUCAGCACCCGACACGACCAAUCCCUCGGCCCAUCCGGCACCAUCUUCCGCAUGCUUUACUAUCCAUCUACCCUAUCCCAAGGAAAAGAAACCAAACAAGGCGAAACCAGUAUCCGCGCAGGCGCACACUCGGACUAUGGUAGUCUUACCCUGCUCUUCCGAUUGCCAGGUCAACCCGGUCUCGAACUAUCUACGCCGUCGGGCUGGAAAGCCGUGCCUGUGGAUCCCUCAACAUCGUCUUCCACACUUACGUCUACCAAUAGUCAUCCUCCCAUCCUCGUCAACAUAGGUGAUUUGCUGUGUUAUUGGACGAAUGGAAUGUUGAAAUCUACUGUUCAUCGUGUUACCUUUGAUGGUGGACAGGAGAGGUAUAGUAUGGCGUAUUUUUGUCAUCCGCUGGAUGAGGCAAGGUUGGAUACUGUGCCUAGUCCGGUGAUUGAGCGGUUUGGUAAUCAAGGGGAAGAAGAGUUGAGGAGUCAGAGGAAGAGACUUGGGUUGAGGGAAGAUGGGAUGGGUGAGGAGGUGAUUACUGCCAAGGGGCAUUUGGAGAGGAGGUUGAAGGUAACAUAUGGGAUAUGA